CCCAGAGCGAGGCUGGGGUAGAGAGGCCGACUGAGCAGGAGUCGUCCGCUUGUCGUGGAGGCUGCUAGGGACCCGGCGAGAGGGUGAGCGGGCGAGCAGUCGAGCGAGCUAGAGCAGGCAGGAGGGAGCGACGCGCGGCGCAGAGUAGCGCCGGGGCCAGGCCGCGGAGGAACCCACAGCCGGAGAGGGGCAGCCCGAGCCGGGCGCCGCGGGGUCCCCACCCCCACUCGGCCGGACAGUGCCCGGUGUUCCCCCGUGCGGGGGGCGGCGGCGGCGGCGGCGGCUGACGGGACCGGACAGGACCGCGGGGGUGUUGCCACCUCCACCGAGAAGCCGGCGCGGCCGCGGGCUCCUCAGAGCCGGGGCCCGGGGCCCGUGAUAGACGGGCCGAGGAAAGGAGAGAGGCGGCGGCGCAGGCGACGGGGAGGCAGCGGCGACACCAUGUCAUCCCCCAGUCCGGGCAAGAGGCGGAUGGACACGGACGUGGUCAAGCUCAUUGAGAGUAAGCAUGAGGUUACGAUCCUGGGAGGACUCAAUGAAUUUGUAGUGAAGUUUUAUGGACCACAAGGAACACCAUACGAAGGCGGAGUAUGGAAAGUUAGAGUGGAUCUUCCUGAUAAAUACCCUUUCAAAUCUCCAUCUAUAGGAUUCAUGAAUAAAAUUUUCCAUCCCAACAUUGAUGAAGCGUCAGGAACUGUGUGUCUAGAUGUAAUUAAUCAAACUUGGACAGCUCUUUAUGAUCUUACCAAUAUAUUUGAGUCCUUCCUGCCCCAGUUGUUGGCCUAUCCCAACCCCAUAGAUCCUCUCAAUGGUGAUGCUGCGGCCAUGUACCUCCACCGACCAGAAGAAUACAAGCAGAAAAUUAAAGAGUACAUCCAGAAAUACGCAACGGAGGAGGCACUGAAAGAGCAGGAAGAGGGCACCGGUGACAGCUCGUCGGAGAGUUCUAUGUCUGACUUUUCGGAAGAUGAGGCCCAGGAUAUGGAGUUGUAGUAGAAAAAGCACCUGCUUUUCAGAAAGACUAUUAUUUCCUAACCAUGAGAAGCAGACUAUAAUAUUCAUAUUUAAACAAAGCAAUUUUUUUUAUUACUAAACAAGGUUUUUAUGAAUAAUAGCAUUGAUAUAUAUAUAUUAUAUAUCACCCUUUAGAUCUUGAUUUCUUGGUCAUUUCUCAACCUGAGGUGCAUAGCAUAUUCCCACAUUCCAUUUUGGUAGCAAUAUGCGGUCGGAAUGCAUGCAUUCAUAAGUCCAUUUGGCCAAGUCAGCCUGUGUGCUACUGAACUGUCAAAAGAAAUAGCCGCUCUGAUAGAUAGACAUGAGUAAAAAUAACAGGAAAAAAGUUGCUUCUUUUAUUGAUGGUUCCAAAGAAACAAACCAAACCAACCAGCUCUUGGAUGUGAAGCUAGAAUAGUGCUUUUUCAGAAUGGAUGGGAGGAGCUGGGGGAGGACCAGGCCUGCUGUGGGAGCGUGGAGAGCCAGCCACCUCAGAGCCCGAGCUGCUCCUCCCUGUGAAUCCCAGGUGGCCCCGUGUCUGGAGUAACAGCAUCAAGCAGGGAGCUAAUUGGAGUAUUGAAACGUAAAACAAUUUUUGACUCUGGAUUUUAAGUACAUUUUUAUAUGUAGAUUCCUGCCUGUCUCACAACCAGGCCCUGCAGCCACAAGUGUUUUGCUUUGAAGAACCUUUUGGAAGUGUUUUCUGAACCUGAUUCUUUUUCUUGGGCUAGAGCUUGUAAUCCAUACCUUUUUGAGGGGACAGGACAGGAGGAGUGAAGUGACUGGGGAGGUGCUCGUCUCAUCCAGCACGUGCAGAGUCACACCCUCGCCCUGUUGGCCACUUUGAGACUGCUGCCCUGGACUAAGAGCUUUAAAUUUGAGGGUGGUUGUGGGUGUUUUUGUUCGGGUUAGAGCUCCCCCCACUUCCUUUCCUUUCCAGUUUUUUGUUUUGUUUUGUUUUUAAUGGUGUGUGUGUGUGUGUGAAUUGUGCUUAGACAGGUUGCAAAUUUAAUCUUCACCUCCCAAGAGAUGGCCUCCUUGGACAGCCGCUCGGUGGACCAUUAGACCCGGCAAGAAGACCCGUCUGGUGGCCCGGGUACUCUCAUUCAUGUUUUUGGUUUUGUUUUCCCUUCUGCUGCUCUUGGCAGGCAGCAGCCCGGUCAUCAUCUGCUUGUGGGAGUGGGAAAUGGGUAUUUCAGACCCAACACACAUUCUAAAUUUAAAAUGAGUAAUAAUUGGAACAAAUAAAGGUCCUUGUGCCCAAAGUGACUACAUGGGAAAAACAAACCACUUUCUUCAGAGCGUGACUGAAUAGGAGGAAAGAGUUCAGAAAUACGAUGCAGUAGAACAGGUUUUGAAGGAAGAACAUAUUCUCUCCUGUAUGUGUUAAGAGGAAAUCAGACAGUUUAAAAUGCCUGCUAAUCAAACGUUUAUUCAGCUCACCAUAUGUCCAGGUUGCCGGCAGAGUUUCUUUUCAGGUAUGAGUGUGUUACCUACUGAAUCUGGAGAACCUUAGACAGCAAGUCUGUAUCCCUUUUUUGCCACAACCAAUAGGACAAUAGCAGAAUUAGCCAAUUCUGAAACCUUCUAAAAGACAAUUUUUGAGCGUCCCACUAGGAUAAUUGAAUUUUUCUUUCUGAUGUGUGUUUUUAGUUUAGAAGUGCUAUCUAUUCCACAAGAUUGGAGUCAAUGAGGUUGGAAGAUAUCCUAUCUUUUUUUAUUCAAAAAGCACAAUCAAUCUUUUCUUUGAAAAUCUAUAUAUAGUACAACUUGCUUUUAGCAUGAUUAUUUUCCUAAAUAAGAGACAAAGAAUUUACUUAUUUUAUGUUAAUUACGGGCAUGAAGCAAAAGGUUUUCUUUAAAAAAAAAAAAUAAAGUGCAGUUAGUAGGGCUGUGGUUAGUUAACUGUACUGAGUUAUCUAUCUAGCAUUUGUGGCUUGUUGGAGGGGUAGUGUUAACUAUUUAACAUGGAAUGGUGUGCUUUAACUUUUCUAGUGCGUUGUCUUCUCAUUACUUUGGGGGAGGGAGGGUCUCUGCUGGCCUUGUCUAACCUGCUUACCUGCCGAAGUAGCAGUUGCUUGUGCUAUAACCGUUUAAAUUGUAGGUGCGACUUAGGGUAGGCUUUAAAGUGCUGGGUGGUGGUUUGAGUUCAAACAAUAAAAAAUUGUAUUUUUUCAAUAUUAUAUAAACAAUAGUGUUCUAAUUACCUUUCAAAAAAAAAUAAUGUCCAAAUAAUAAUUGCUUAUCUUGACAAAACCAACAAAACAAGUAGAGCCAAGUUUUGGGGAAUGUACGUGAGCCAUGGCUCUGCUCCCCAACUGAAUACCUUUUUCUCAAAAAAGACAUCUGCUCACCGCGGAGUGAACGUCCUGGCACUGGGAGUCUGGUGGUGCGGAAUUUCCAAAUGAAGAUGUGUCGGGGGAGGUCACAGGGGUUAAGAAGCAGAUCUGAGUAUGGCUGCAGCAUGUGUGCGUGUGUGUCUGUCCAAGUCUGCCUGAUGAAGGUGUAAUGAGGCUUCCGUAUUAGCACAGGAAGCUCCUGGAAUUGCUACCCAGAUCACUCUGUACCCUCUCAUUCUGUGCAAAUCUGUCCUUUCUGGGCACUAACCUUGGUCCCAUGCAUGCUUUUGGCUGUGUGUGGGGCUUUUCCUCUCCUCUGAGAAAUUGGUUUUUGAUGAGUUGAACAGAAUCCCUUUUUAUGCUUUUUGUCCCUUCCUGUACCUGGGAGAGGUAGGUAGGAGAAGGAGACCAUGCUUCUAGGUACAGAGGGAGCUGGAAGAAAGCCUGGCAAUGAAUCAGAGGACUCUGGUCCCCCAGUGAUCGAUGAUACAGUAAGGCUAGAAGCGGGGGUGUGACAGCACCAAAAGCUUUUCCAGAUUUCCUGUCAUAACACUCAGAAAAGCAUCCAGAGCCCCUCAGAAGGGCUGAACAUUAUUGCUUUUAAAGGUGGUGGUAGCAGGUCCCAGAGUUGCUUCUGGCAGUUUCCCUCCCUUUCUUAGUGUACCAUCGUUUUUGAAGUUUUUGUGGUUGACCAGCGCAAGCCAUCCUUUGCCCCCUGUUGAAAUGACCCUGAGCUCAAGCUCUCGCCAAAACUUGAGAAGCAAGGCAGCCGCAGCCCGGAGCCUGGAGCCCGCUGCCCUCCGGCAGCCCCAGCACCGGGGCCUGGGGGUUGUAUUUUGUGGUAGCCAAGCGAGACGCUGGCAUUUUGCUCUUUUGUCUUCGAUCUUGUCGCCCUCCUUGAGGUGACUGUGCAGUUUCAACCAGCAUUUUAUACUAGUAAGGUAGUUCUCAGAAGUUGCCAUAUGUCUCUCCAGUACCUAACGCUGUUCUUCCACUUCAGAAGCUGUUCUUGUUGCCAACUGGCUGAUCUAAGCUCCUGAGGAGGGUCUCCCCUCGAAGGAAUUUUUUUCUCCUCAAAAUGCUCCCUGAAGCCCUCGUUGGCCUUGGCCUGACACUUGCUUUUCAUUAGGCCUCCUGUUAUGGCUGAGAAUCCUGAAAGAUCCUCUGCUAGCCUUCAUGGGUGAAGUUUCUAGACACCGUUUCUGGGAACUGGUGUUUGAUUUUAAAUGGCCCUUCUACGUUCUAGGGACUCAAUCAGAAAAAGUGAAAGCCAUUAACAAGAGUUAGAGUUCCAUUUCCUUUUACCAACUUCGUAACCGGGUUCACGGCCUUCUUGACUAAAAUCAAAUCAUUUCUGAUGGAGCGCAAAGACCUGCGUUUUCUUUGGACUUCUGAAUCCAUGUUCAUAUUUUCUCUGGCCACUGACCACCUUGGCAGUUCCAUCCACGAUUGGGGUGGAGGCCCCUGGGGGAAGGGGGAGCUCACCGUUGUUGGGCAGGCAGGGUCUCCACCCACCUGAGGAAGGGCCAGGACUUUCACUUCAGCAAAUACUCGUCUUGGCUGUGGGCUUGGGAAGAAAUGGCCAUUAUUUACUGAUUGUAUUUGGUACAUAUUGUGUGAUACUUGAAGAGAAAAGGGACUUACCAGCCCUUAAUUGAAAUCUAAGCUUUUUAUCGCUUAUUUUUUCCUUGCCCUAUCUCCUCCCUUCCACCAUUUUCCUUGCAUUGUGAUGAUCUAGUGGGCACUUCUGUCAACAGGACAAAUGCCUCCUCUGACUAUAACCUCUUAAUAGUUGUGUAUAAUGAAAACUGUAAACUUUUUUAAAUAAAAUGUGUAUAUACCUUGGCAAA